CCUGUCUUAGAAAAAAAAUAACCCUGAAGUUCCCUGCGAUCAGCUGAUCAAGACUGACAACAAGGGGAGAAGGAGAAGAGCUUUGGACUGGCCCCGAUCCCUUCUAGGGGGUCCCAGGUCUACAUGGUGGGGCUCAGGCACUGUGGAAGUUAAACCCUAACCCUGCGGGGGAGAGGAAGGAUCUGCACACAGCUCGAUCCUUGAAGCUCAGAGGAGGAGGAGGAGACUGUGAUCUGAUUACUUAGUCACUAAGACUUCCAGGGAGGAAGAGGAGGAGGAAGGCCUUUCAGGGAAAAGAUCUGACUUGCAUUUUAGAAACAUAUCCUUGUUUUUCUUACACAUAUCUAACCUCAGUGUGACUUUUAAGCCCAUAAUUCAUUUGGGCCUGUCCUUAAUUGUGGAAAGCUGCAGUGUUUACGUUGGCUUUGCAUGUAAUGAUACCAUUAUAGACCAGAGAAAAUCAAGACGGACACAUGCUUUAAUAGAAAUGUCAACAUAUGCAGAGUUUCCUCAGUGCUAAGAUAAAUACAAAUUCGAAUCCUUUGGAAACCCAAUGUACAUAUCUGUUAAAAAAUUGUAAAGCUAACAGUAAAAUUUCUGAAAAUGAGUGCCCAGCCUCCAACAGCAGAUAAGGGACUGAAUACUGCCCUUUUGUGCCAGGAAAGCUAUGCUUGCAGUGGUACAGAUGAAGCAACCUUUGAGUGCGAUGAGUGUGGAAGCCUGCAGUGCCAGCGGUGUGAAGAAGAACUACACAGACAGGAAAGGCUACGAAACCAUGAACGGACCCGAAUUAAAGCCGGCCAUGUCCCAUACUGUGACACCUGCAAGGUUGCCAGUGGGAAUAUCAUGCAGAGCAAUAUCAUAAACUCCAGACAGAGGGCAGCAAUAAGGUGCCAAGCAUGCAAAAUCAACCUCUGCGUAGAGUGUCAGAAGAGGACUCAUGCGGGUGGAAACAAGAGGAAGCACCCCAUUACUGUUUACCAUGGUGACAAAUCUCACGAGGAGGAGGAGGGGAUGGAUGAGGAGACCAAGAGGAGGAAGAUGACAGAAAAGGUUGUAAGCUUCCUGUUGGUAGAUGAAACAGAGGAGAUCCAGGUGGCAAACGAAGACGAAUUUAUCAGGAAACUGGACUGCAAACCUGAUCAGCAUGUAAAGGUGGUGUCUAUUUUUGGGAACACUGGGGAUGGCAAGUCUCAUACCCUUAACCACACUUUCUUCUACGGCCGUGAAGUUUUUAAAACAUCUCCCGCUCAGGAGUCUUGUACGGUAGGGGUUUGGGCAGCCUAUGACCCUGUCCACAAAAUGGUGGUGAUUGACACAGAGGGUCUUCUGGGGGCCACUGUCAACCUGAGUCAGAGGACCCGGCUGCUUCUGAAGGUCUUGGCUAUUUCGGACCUUAUCAUCUACCGUACUCAUGCUGACAGACUUCACAACGAUCUCUUCAAAUUUCUUGGAGAUGCCUCAGAGGCCUACCUAAAACACUUCACCAAAGAACUGAAGGCAACCACAGCCCGUUGUGGCCUGGAUGUUCCCUUGUCCACUUUGGGCCCUGGAGUCAUUAUCUUCCACGAGACUGUAUACACACAGUUACUAGGUGCUGAUCACUCUUCUGAGGUGCCUGAGAAACUUGUCCAGGAUCGGUUCCGGAAACUUGGGCUCUUCCCUGAAGCCUUCAGCUCGAUCCAUUACAAAGGAACAAGGACACAUAACCCCCCAACGGAUUUCUCUGGGCUCAGGCACGCCGUGGAGCAGCAGCUAGAAAAUAAUACGACUCGUUCUCCCCGCCCUCCAGGAGUUAUCUACAAGGCACUCAAAGCACUGAGUGAUAGGUUCUGCGGUGAGAUCCCAGAUGAUCAGAUGGCCCACAGCUCCUUCUUUCCAGACGAGUAUUUCACCUGUUCCUCCGUAUGUCUCAGCUGCGGAUGUGGAUGUAAAAACAGCAUGAACCAUUCAAAAGAAGGGGUGCCUCAUGAAGCCAAGAAUCGGUGUAGAUACACCCAUCAGUACGAUAACAGAGUGUAUACAUGCAAGGCCUGUUAUGAACGUGGGAAUGAAGUUAGAGUGGUGCCCAAAACGUCCGCUUCCACUGAUUCCCCUUGGAUGGGACUUGCCAAGUAUGCCUGGUCAGGGUAUGUGAUCGAGUGCCCCAACUGCGGAGUUGUGUACCGCAGCCGACAGUACUGGUUUGGCAACCAAGACCCUGUGGAUACCGUGGUGAGGACAGAAAUUGUGCACAUCUGGCCAGGUACGGAUUGCAGUCUGAAAGACAACAACAAUGCUGCUCAGCGCCUCAUAGAUGGGAUGAACUUUAUGGCACAAUCAGUGUCUGAACUGAGCCUGGGACCCACAAAAGCAGUGACCUCUUGGCUGACAGAUCAAAUCGCUCCAGCCUACUGGAAACCCAAUUCCCAGAUUCUGAAUUGCAGAAAGUGUGGCAUCUCUUUUAAAGAUAAUGACACCAAACACCAUUGUCGGGCUUGUGGAGAAGGUUUCUGUGAUGGUUGUUCAUCCAAGACCCGUCCUGUCCCCGAACGUGGCUGGGGCCCCGCACCUGUGCGAGUAUGCGAUGGCUGCUAUGAUGGCAGGGGCAUUCAGUUAGGUAAUCCCAUCCUGACCAUAGUAGAUGUGCCUGAGGCUCCAACCGAUGAGGAAGGGGGGACAGUGAUUGCCAGGAAGGUUGGUGAAGCUGUGCAGAACACUCUUGGAGCUGUAGUGACUGCCAUUGAUAUCCCGUUGGGUCUUGUGAAGGAUGCUGCCCGACCUGCGUACUGGGUGCCCGACCAUGAAAUCUUACACUGCCACAGUUGCCAGAAGGAAUUCAAUAUCAAGCUGUCCAAGCACCACUGCCGUGCCUGUGGCCAGGGUUUCUGUGACGAGUGCUCCCUGGAGCGCAGAGCUGUCCCUUCCCGUGGCUGGGAUCAUCCUGUCAGAGUCUGCUUUAAUUGCAAUAAAAAGCCCGGUGACCUUUAACCCUACCUACCUUUCUGGGUCCUCCGUAACACCUUAGCUUCUCAGGGUUAGAUAAAACAAAACAAAAAAGUCACCCUUUUUAACCUUUUACAGCCCAGAGUGCAUGCUCCCAAUCUCUGGCCCCUUUUUCCCCAUGUGCGGAUUUCUAUAGGAUUGCUGAACAGCUAGUUUUUAACAAGUUCUGCAGGACUUGGCCAACUUGGGGUGUAUGGAGAAGCUUGCAGUGAAAUGAGGAAUCCAAAAAUCCAGUGUAUUAUAUACCAGUUUAAAGUACGUAUCUCUAUAUCUAUAUUAUUGAGUAUGCUAAGAAUGCAGCUGGCUGAUGAAGCAUUGAUGAUUUACAAUUAAAACAAGCAAAGGUAAAUAGAACUGUUUUCUGAAAUGUAAUGGGGGUCAAACAUACAGCUUCUUGAGUGCCUUGGAAUUCUUUUGUGUGAAACAUUUUGCUGUUUGUUUACAGCGUCUUAGACUUACAAAGGCUUUGGUCUAUACACCUUGAACUAACCGUUGUUCAUGCUCCCUGUUUCGGACAGCGAGUCCUAAGCUUUUGGGUCUGACCCUUCGGAACUCCCAUCACCCAUAUUUAUUUUACCCCAGCCGGCUUUUGUUCUGUUUAUAGGGCCUUGUCAUCCAGAGCUAAGGAGUUUCCUCACGGCUGAAAACAGCCAGAGAAAUGAGGAAGCUGCUCUGUAUAGGUCCUGAUAAAAAUAUGUGCUGCUGCAGAAAGGAUGAUAAUCUUAGAAGGGCCAUGCGCUAAAUGCAGCGGAAGUAUGGGAGGAAUCAAACAAUGUAACACAAAACUUAAAGCUGGUCUUCUAACAGCUAUUUCAGCUUCACUUUGGGCUGAUGAGGCCUUAUUUCUCUUGUCCACAUUCCUCUAUGCUUGGUUUUCCUUGUUGAUGGACUCUUCUCCCCCUCCCCCCAUCAAAAAUCUUCAGGCUAAGAGCAAAGGUAAGUACUAGGCUAGACCCACAAACCUGCAAUGUAGUGUUUGCUUAGCAUCUUAGUCAUUUUUUCUUCUGUAAAUGGUCCCAAGUAUAGAUUCUUAGCGGUAUCUAUGUGAACCACCCUUAAAGCGCUCAUAUAAACCAACUUGGAAAACAGUGAUAUACUCCUGAUGACAUUGGGGGCGGGGUUGUCUUUUUGGAGGGAGAAAACCCUGCAUUAAACCACUUUGAGACACUGAUCAAACCACUGAGUAAAAUUAUUGCAUUAGACUUUUAUGUGGAUCUCUGCUUCCAUGACAAGAGACCUUCAGAAGCCCAAUCAGUCUGAAGAAUGAAUCCCCUUCUCCUUUUUACUCCUGAGAAUGGCACAUUCCCAUGGCAGAGAUUUGUCGUCACUCGUAACAGCUGGAGUUUGGCAUGAUGGUCAGGCACAAUAUCCUGGCACUGUUUUUUCUCCCACUUAUUAAAAUAUAACCUUGUAUACCUUGAUGACUGACCCCUAUUUUAGAACUGUAAUACGAAAUUAAGUGCUAUAAAGGACUAUCCCUUCUGAACAAGUGUGCUGAUUUCUUCUGUAUAUCUACCUAAUCUUGCUGUGUCUUGGGGGGAGACAGUUUCCGGCUUGCAUGCCAAAAUGGAACUGGAUUAUGUAGUAGUACAUUCCUGCUGUCUAAACUCUACAGGGAUUAAUAUGUGUUUUGUAACUAGAAGCUGAUAGGUUUGGGGUUUUUUUCUUCAAGGGAUAGAAGUGGGACAAGUUAUCUUGUAGCGAUUUUUCAACCUAGAUAACUUUGAAGUGUUUUAUUUUUGACUCUGUGGUGGAAAAUACAAGUGAAACCUGUUGUGUAGUCCAUGCCCUCUGUAUGUUCCCCAUGCAUGUAGGUAUUCUACCAUGUUAUUGCACACCCAGAGACCACCCUUGGCAUUCCUUGUAUAAAAUCUUCACUUGUACGCUUCUGUUUCAUUGACUUGUCUGGGUUUUGUUGUUACCACAGAACAGCCUCAUUCUCUUAAAGCCAGCGAUUGCAUUUCUACAAUGCGCGCCAUGGUGGGUUCAGUGUAUCUGAGGGAUAACAGAAAGCCUGUUAGCACCAUCUCUCUCUCUCACCCCCCUUGCCCUCUCCUCUCCCCUUAAGUCACUUAGCUGUUCUAGAAAGUGGAGAAAGCUUAUAAGUGGCAAUGCUCUUAAGAACUGGCUCAGUUUCCACAAAGUAGAAAUAACGUGCCAUAAUUUUUAGGAGAUGGGGAAGCUGAACCUAUAAUUUUUCUUGGCCAUGCAAUACUCAGUAUUAUAUUGGAAACAAGAGGGAGAUUUAUGCUUCCAAGAGCAACUUCACACUGGCUGCUUUCCCUUAGUUUAAAAAUCAUACCCAAGUAAAAGAUUUGAAUCUCCAGAUACAAAAGAACUCAAGGCACCAAAUAAUUACGGUGCCUUUUUUUCCCUAGACAAGCUAGGUAUCUGAAUCCCUCAGAUGAAAGAUUAGCUGUAUCAGUAGCAAACUAAAACAAAUCUAGAAAAUUUCUAGCAAGAAGCAAGACUUCAAACUACUGGGGCUCUCUGUGAGAAAUACCAUUGGUGGGAUUCUGCUAACCUGCCACAGCUGUGGAAGCCCAGCACAAGGACUUUCAGAGUUUAGCGUUUACCUGCACCUCAAACAUAAGGAGAGUCUGCUGGAUCAGGCCAAUGACCCAUUUAGUCUAGUAUCAUUUCCCCAAUAGGGAGGGGGCCUAUCCACCCAUUACCCCGAGGCAGUUCCCAUGGACAGCAGAUCCGGAAAGGAAGGUGAAGGGAUCCUCAUGAACCUUUGCUGCUCCUGUGUCUGCAAAUAUGUGCUGCUGCUGUCAUCCCAGUCGCCCCCUGAGGGGGAACGGUCCCUCUGCUACCUCAGAACAGGAGCUCCUCUGAAGGCCAAGAAGCACGUCACUCGCUGCCUCCUGAGUUUGUCACCUGUGGCUGCUGCCUGGAAAUAGCAAGGCCACUGCUGUCACCAUCUGCUCCUCUCCAACCUCCUUUCCCCCUUCUCAGCACCUUUAGCACGCUCAAGCUUCCCUGGGCCACCUCUGGUUGCCUCCAGUGGUGGCAAAGGUGGGGGACAUGUGCACCAUUAUGUUUUGCCUCAAGUGAUUAAAAAGCCUGGGGCUGGCAUUGCUGCAUGUGUAAAUACUUCUCUCUCUUUUUUGGGAAGACAUUUCUGAGGUAUUCUUCCAGCCAAAGCCAGACCACCUCAAGUGAGCCGUUGGAGCAGUGGUUUUCAGUCAGUGUGCUGUAGCACCCUAGGGUGCUUUGAAUGAUGGUCGGGGUGCUGUGGGCAACACUGGCCUCUGCCCCCCCCUUAGAAUCCCUCCCUUCUCUGAUGCCCUCUUGCGUCUCUGCCUCCCAAAGGCAUCCAUAGCUGUUUGUUGCAGAACACCUGGCUACAAGCUCAGCAGGCAAACGGUGCCUCUGGAGCUGGCCAGGGGGUGCUUCCCAGGCCCCUGUGGGAUAGUGUGAGGAGGCACCUUUCUUUGGGGUAGGGACGGCAGCUCAGAGACCAGGGGCAGCAGCUGCGGCUGCUCGGAGGAUUCCCAAGGAGAGGGUAGAGGAGAGGAGGCUGAGGGUAUACUCCACAAGGGUGUUCAAAAAGGGGUGAGGGGCUACCAGCUCUGCAGGCAAGGGGUGACAUAACUGGGCUCCUGAGCCCCACAAGGGUGCCACAAGAAAGAAUGCAGUUGGUCAAGGGAGCCAUGGACUCAAAAGAGGUUGAAAACCUCUGCUUUAGAGGGAUAUGCCUAAGGGAGCCUUGGGAAAAUGGCAUUCAUCUUCCUUU